AUGGCGCAUUCCAAGACCUCCGCUACCUCAUCUACUGAUGGUAGUAAAGAUGACGGUCUUAAAGUCGUACACGCAGGCCUUUACCGUACGGGAACCGCUUCCAUGGCCGAAGCCUACCGGAUCCUAGGGUACAAGACGCACCACGCACUUGCAAAUGUCUGGGAAGUCCCCUGGGGGCAGAUAGAGCAAGCAGCCGAAGCCACCUGGCCCCAUCUUGCUGAACUCCCAGAGUACACCUACAGGAGGAAAGACGGCUGGGUGACGCCUCGUCCGCCGUUCAACAGAGAAGACUGGCAGAAGAUCUGGGGCGACUAUGACAUUGCCACUGAUGUGGCUUCCACCUUUGCGCCGGAACUUAUCGAAGCAUAUCCCAAUGCAAAGGUCGUCGUCGUGCAGAGAAAGUUUGAAAGCUGGUGGCCAUCCUUCAAGUCAGAGCUACUGGGCAGUCUUUACAACAUGAGUUGGCUGCAAAGUUUUAUCGCAUGGAACAUAAUGCGUUUCCGCGCGCCACAUGCAAUGCGAAAAGUUCAUGCAGGAUUCUUCUCCGCCAAUGAAUACUCUCUUGAGUCCAUUGAACCGCGGGCGAAGGAUGCAUACGAAGAGUAUUACCGCAGAGUUCGCGAGGCUGUUCCAAUCGAGAGCGGACGAAGACUGGAGUACACGCUUGGGGACGGGUGGAAGCCACUGUGCGAGUUUUUGGGCAAGGAGGUUCCUGAUGUUGAGUUUCCCAGGGUUAAUGAUCGAGCGAGUCACGGUGCGCAGAUAAAGAGGCAGAGAUCUGAGAUGAAUUGGAGCUUGCUGCGUGUGGGUGGGCCUUUGAUUGUUGCAGUAAUUGCUGCUGUGGUUGCGUACAAGAGAUGGUGA